AUGCGCGCCUCACACCCCACGGCCCAUGGACCUACUGUCGACUACACCACCCGUCCGGCGGUGGACGACCCCGCCUCAACACCCACCGACCCCUCGCGACCGGCCAGUCACUCCUCCCCCGCGUCGCCCCGACUCCGGCCGACCUUCCGGUCCCUGCGCUCGCUGGGCGGGUCGGAGGCGAGUUCGCCCAGCCGCAUCAAGGUUCGCGACCUCUCCCACAUCCAGAGUCUGGCCAGCGAGGAGUUCCUCGCCCCCCGCCAGGGAGACCAGUGGUCGGGGGCCUGGGCGCCGGACCGGCAAUAUGAGAUCAGCUCCAUGCCCGUCACCGACAUCAUCGAGAUGGUGGCGGGCCUGCUGACCAAGAUCACCACCACCAACGACGCGCAUCACGAACAGGUUCAUCGACACAUCCCCCCCGCCGAUGGCGCGUCCAAUCUCAGUCCCCAGGCCACCAGCGUCCUGGCGUUCCACGGCAAGAACGUCCCCAGCAUCAGCAUCCUGAGUUACCUGACGCGCAUCCACAAGUACUGCCCCACCACGUACGAGGUCUUCCUCAGUAUGUUGGUCUACUUCGAUCGCAUGACCGAAUUGGUCAAGGGCCAAGUGGGCUGCCUCCAGCGCCGUACCGCGCCCAUCCAGUCCGAUUUGUCCGCCCCGUCGGGGGAGUCCUCGGCGCAGACGUCGCCGAUUGUGACGCCGCCGCCGUCGGCAACCAUGGCUGCGCAGGACCCCUCGACCCCCUCGUGUAUAUCCCCGUCCCUGCAUCCUCAGGAUGGAGAGGACCCGUUGUCCCAUUUCUUCGUUGUCGAUAGUUUCAACAUCCACCGGCUGGUCAUCGCGGGCGUGACUUGUGCCAGUAAAUUCUUUUCCGAUGUAUUUUAUACUAAUUCGCGAUAUGCUAAGGUCGGAGGCCUCCCGUUGCUGGAGCUGAACCAUCUCGAGUUACAGUUCCUCCUCCUCAAUGAUUUCCGCCUCUCCAUCCCCGUCGAGGAACUUGAGGCGUACGGCACGAUGCUGGUGGACUUUUACGCCCGCGAGAUUCUCGCCCAGAAGCAACAAUCCUCGCCGCCGUCGGUUGGGAUCCCUCGUCCGAUGGACCCAUCUCCGUCUGACACCUCGUCGGAUGCUAUGUACAUGCGAACCCGCGACCGGCCCCAUCCUCGCGAACCGGAAGUCCGCCAGACCCCGACACCACCCUAG